GCAAAAUGUUAAGCGAGUUGUAUCGGAAGCAGAUGGUUAUCAGCCUCAUUUAAUUGCUCCUGAGCAAGGGUACCGUCGACUGAUUGAAUCUGCUCUCAAUUAUUUUAGAGGACCAGCUGAAGCUUCUGUAGAUGCUCUUUAAAUUCGAUCAACUCAAUAAAAAUUCAGCUGAUGUGUGUGGGGGGUAAAGUGAUAAGAUUUCCGUCUCGUAAGCUAAGCAACUUACGGUAAUCCUUGACGAGGAUCCUGCCCUGGUGGAGCGAAGGCUCCGAUGCUUCAAGAGGCUUGAGCUAUACAAGUCUGCGCGGGAUGAGAUUGAUGCCAUGUCAUGGACACGAUGAAGGCAUGAAGCCAGUACGGCGGCAUCGGCCAACCCAACCACUCUCCCCUCCUCACGCCACACCACGGCAGCAGAGGCAAAGAAAGAUCCAAGCGCAGUAGCUACAAAGGCCACGGUCGCGGCGGCGGUGACUGGCCGGCGGGAUGAGCGCGAGGAGAUGAGGUGCAAGCUCCACCCCUACGCCAACGCCGUGGGCGUCUGCGCGCCCUGCCUUCGCGACCGCCUGCUCGCGCUCGCCGCUGAGCGCGACGCGGCAGCCAGCAGCGACGGCGGCGGUUGCUGCGGCGACAGCAGCUGCGGCAGCUCGCCCCCGCGCGCGCGGUGGCAGCACGGCGCGGCGGCAGCCAGGGGGUUCCCGCGCUCCGUCUCGCCAUACGCCGCGCACCGGCGCUCCGACGCCUGCGCGUACGCGACCUCGUCGGAGUCCUUCGCGCACCAGCAGCCGAACCUCCUCUUCUUCCGCACGCCGCAGGUCGGCCCUCUCGCGGCCGCUUCCGCCGUCCGCGCCGAUGAGCCCGCUGAGGAGAGCGACAGGAAGGUCGAGCGGAGGCGGUCCUUCUUAGCAGCGAUCUUCGGCGGCGGCGGGCGCCACGGCCGGGAAGAGGCGAGCAGGAAGGACCCUCCCCGACGGUCCACCUCGUGGUUCUCGGCGAUCGUCCGCCGCAAGCGGAGGCCGGCCGACUUGGCGGCGGCGUCCUUGCCGCCGGCGCCGCUGGACGAGGAGCCCGAGUCCCCCGGUGGCAGCAGCAGCAGCUGGUGGUUCCCGUCGCCCUCGCCGGGCAGGCAGCACCGGCGCCGGCACGGCGGCGGCGCGGGCGCCAGCGGGGACGGGAUCUCGGGGUUCUCGGUGUGCCUGAGUCCGCUCGUCCGUCCCAGCGGCGGCAGGCGCCGGUGCCAGCCGCCGGACCCCUCCUCCCUGGGAGACAGCCACCGGCGUCACGCGUCUGCCGGUGGCGCCGCGUCGUUUGGACGCAACACCUCCCGGAAGCUCGCCGACAUGGGUAGGUUCCGAUGACGGAGCCUAGCGCGCGCUCUCGCCGGCCACCCUCGGCGCCGGCCAAUUUCCUUUUUCUUUUCUUUCUUUUUUCUGCUUCUCUGAUUUUUCCUUUUCUUUUCUUACAAAAUUUGACCUUUUGUUAAUCUCGACGAUGAUAUGACGAUGUCCUGUUAGUACUAGCUGCCAUGAGAGUGAAACAAAAACGGAAAAACCAAUGGCAUUUGGAGGA